AUGAUCAUUCUUCCUACUCACAAGCGUUCGGUCCCGACUCUAGUAGCAGUUGAUAGUAGCGCUGAGUACCGCAACAAUAGCCAACUAUUAGAUGAUUUCAUCAACAUGGGAGCAGAAAUAUCAACUUUGGUACCUCCGCAGCAUGAUACACAUUCCGGGACCGACGUGUACUCGGCUUCUGGCUUGGGAAGUGUUGGCGUCUCAUUUGAAGGUAUAUGGUCUCCCGCGAUUUUUACCAACUGA